CUAUUUAUCAACAAUGAGUUUGUCGACGCCGUGUCUGGUAAGAAGUUUCCAACUAUCAAUCCUGCCACUGGUAAGCUGAUAGCCGAAGUUGCCGAGGGCGAUAAGGCUGAUGUGGACUUGGCCGUGGCUGCUGCAAAAAAAGCAUUCCAUCGAAACUCCGAAUGGCGCAAACUGAGUCCAUUGCAACGCACAGAACUUAUCAACAAGUAUGUUUUUCUGCGCUUAUCUUUUUCUUAAUAUAUAGUAUUUUUUUUCUACCCAACACGCCCAU